AUGAGAUUCCGGACAUUAGAAAUGAUGGAUGGAGUAAAAACCACUACAAAAUCUGCUCAAAAUAGUACAACUAAACAAGUAUCUAAACAAAAGUCAUUUCAUUCAAGCGUUUUAGAGGAGAAAAAGGAAAAUAAUAAAUUAGUAUGCGCGUACUGUUCGAGUCAACAUCUUUUGUACCAAUGCAAACAGUUUGGUAGCAAGUCCCCCGAAGAGAGAAGUGAGUUUGUGCAAUCCAAGGGACAUUGCUUUAAUUGUUUGUCUCCCAACCACAAUGUAAGAGGCUGCCACCAGGCUACGUGUUGUCGCCGUUGUGGCAGAAGACACCACACAUUACUCCACUUUGAGAGAGGUCUACGUCCAGAAGCAACCGCUUCGUCUAAGGGUCCUGAGAAAUUGCUGAGUCAAGAGUCGAGUAAGGAGAAAAACAUAAUAGCUCAUUUUGCUCAAGAGGAGAAUCAAUCAGAGGUGUUACUGGCUACUGCGUUAGUUAGAGCCAAAUCAGCAAAUGGCUAUUCUCAAAUCGUGCGUGUAUUAAUAGAUCAGGGCUCUGAAGCGUCAUUUAUUAGUGAGAGUACUGUACAAUCUUUAGGUCUUAAGAAAAUACCUGUUAAUGGUGUAGAAGUUCACAGCGAGAUUAUGCUUAACGGAUUAUUGAGACAUCCAUCGAAAAUUGGUCCCAUUGCGCAAAACACCAAACUAGGAUGGAUCUUGUCCGGACGUGUGACACCACAGGAGCUAGCCAAUACCAGGAUGAUAAAUCUACACCUUCAAGUAAAGGAAGACCUACUUCUGAAACAAUUCUGGGAAAUAGAGAGAGAGCCAGACAUGUUAGGGAAACCACUAACAAAAGAAGAGAUUAAAUGUGAAGAAAUUUAUGAGGAGACUACAGUGAGAAAUGAUGAAGGUCGUUACGUGGUAAGGCUGCCAUUUAAGAAAAUAGAUCCUGAAGUUAGAUAUGGGAAAUCAAAAGAAAUAGCGUACCGAAGAUAUCAACUGCUAGAAAGGAGAUUAAAGAGAAACCCAUCACUAGAAAUGGAAUACAGAAACGUAUUAGAAGACUACGUUGAGCAAAAUCACAUGGAGAAGAUAGAAAAUAGAGAAGACAUUGAGAACCCACUUGCAGUUUAUCUUCCUCACCACGCCGUAGUGAGAGAAGAUAAAGAAACCACAAAGCAUUUGUUCCUGCUGUGGCAAAAUAAGCUAUCGGGACCUUCCAGGAUUCAUUUAGUGCCACUAACAAAAAGACCAAUACUUCCGAAGCCAUCUUUUCCCAAUCAGUUUCGACAU